AUGGCCUCACUCAUAAGACUCUCCAUUUCCCUCGACCCCUUCGAUCCAACCUCAAUCCCCACCCGCACCAUUACCUCCAUUUCCAAACCUCACCUUCGUCCUUCCAAAACAGCUUCCCACAACCCCAAAACCGACUCAAAAUCACUCAACACCACGCUUCGCGCAUUAACCAAGAAACAAGACUGGGAAACCGCAGAGGAACUCGUUCGUCAAAUCAUCAUAUCUUCAGAUUCUUCCCAACCACUAUCCCAUGACGUUUUCAACUCACUCAUUGACGCUUCUUCAAAACGCGGUUUACUCAAAUUAGCUUCCAAAUGGUUCCGAAUGAUGCUCGAUUGUGGCGUUACUCCGAACACCACCACGUUCUGGAUGUUAAUGCGUCUUUACCAGAAGUGUUUGAACGUGGAAGAAGCGGAGUUUGCAAUGUCAAUGAUGAGAAGGUUUGGUGUGGUUUGUGAAUCUGCUUACUCUUCUAUGAUUACUAUUUAUACGAAAUUAGGGUUUUGUGAGAAAGCUGAAAGUGUAAUUGAGUUGAUGAAAUGUGAAGUUAGGGUUUGGAAUGUUGAAAAUUGGUCGGUGGUUUUGAAUUUUUAUUGUCAGCAAGGGAAAAUGAUGGAUGCGGAACGGGUUUUCGAAGCAAUGCACAAGGAGGCUAGGUGUGAAAUGAAUAUUGUUGUUUAUAAUACUAUGAUAACUGGGUAUGGGAAGGGGUCGAAUAUGGAUGGCGCGGAGAGUGUGUUUUGGAAUUUGAGUAUGAGAGGGAUUGAGCCGAAUGAAAAGAGUUACGCGGCGAUGAUUGAGGGAUGGGGUAGAGGUGGUAAUUAUGAAAAAGUGAGGUGGUAUUAUGAGGAGAUGAAGAGGUUAGGGUAUAAGCCGAGUUCGUCGAAUUUGUUUACCAUGCUUAAGUUGUAUGCGAAUGAGGGAGAUUUGGAUGGUGUGGUUGGGAUACUUGAUGAAACGGUGAGAUGUGGAAUUCAUUAUUCUUCGAUAAUUGGUACGCUUUUGAGUGUUUAUGAGAUAGCUGGGAAGGUUCACGAGUUACCGCGUUUGCUAAAAGGUUCGUUUUAUCGGUAUGUUUUGGUUAAUCAAAGCUGUUGUUCCAGUGUGGUUAUGGCUUAUGUGAAGAACAAGAUGGUGGAUGAUGCAGCUAGAGUGUUGAGGGAUAAAAAAUGGAAGGAUUCGAGGUAUGAGGAUAAUAUGUAUCAUUUAUUGAUUUGUUCUUGUAAAGAGGAAGGUUUGCUUGAGGAUGCUGUUGGAAUAUAUAAGCAGAUGCCAAAAAGUGACGAGGACGAUAAGCUCAACAAGCACAUCAUUUGCACGAUGAUUGACAUUUAUAGUAUGAUGGGGAAUUUCAAUGAUGCAGAGAUGUUGUAUCUCAAGCUGAAGAACUCUUCGUCACAUUCGUUUGAUGUGAUUGCGGUUAGCGUUGCCGUGAGGAUGUACGUUCGAGCUGGAUCUUUGAAAGACGCUUGUUCUGUUUUGGAUGAAAUGGACAAGCGACCUGAUAUUGUUCCGGACAUGCUUUUGUUGCGUGAUAUGUUGUGGAUUUAUCAGAGAUGUAACAUGGUCGAUAAAUUAGCACAAGUGUACUGCAAGAUCUCAAAAGAUCGGUUGAAUUGGGACCAAGAACUUUAUAUUCGUGUCAUAAACUGCUGUGCUCAGGCUCUGCCGAUAGACGAGCUUUCCAGGCUUUUCGACGAGAUGCUGCAGCGAGGUUUCAUGCCCAACACGAUAACAUACAAUGCCAUGCUUAAUGCUUUUGGUAAAGCGAAGUUUUUCAGGAAGCUAAGGAAGUUGUAUUAUAUGGCUAAGAAACAAGGCCUGGUGGAUGUCAUUACUUACAAUACUAUUAUAGCUUCUUACGGAAAAAAUAGAGACUUCACCAACAUGGCAAGAACUGUUCACAAUAUGCAAUCUGAGGGCUUCUCAGUUUCUCUUGAAGUCUACAAUUCAUUGUUGGAUGCUUAUGGAAAAGAUGGUCUAAUCAACGCGUUUAGAUCUGUAUUGCAAAAGAUGAAGGAAUCAAAUUGUGCUCCUGAUCUCUACACAUACAACACUAUGAUCAAUAUCUACGGUGAACAAGGAUGGAUUAAAGAAGUCGCCGUUGUGCUCGCAGAGUUGAAUGAAUGUGGACUUCGUCCUGAUUUGUACAGUUAUAAUUCAUUGAUCAAGGCAUAUGGAAUUGCAGGAAUGGUUCAAGAGGCUGUAGAUGUGAUCAAGGAAAUGAGAAAAAAUGGAAUAGAGCCUGACCAGAAAACAUACACUAAUCUUAUCGAUGCACUGAAGCGAAAUGAUAAGUUUUUAGAAGCUGUUAAAUGGUCGUUAUGGUUGAAGCAGUUGCAAUUAUGA